UAUCAAAGAACUAUUAAACACAUAUAAUAGACAUGGUCAGACAGAUUCUUCUUGUGUUGUCCGUGGUCGGCGCCACCCUCGCCGCUGACCCCACCCCCUGUUGCGUCCAUCAUCAAUUCACGGCUGAUUUGCUGGAAGUUGGAGGAAAAAUAGACCCCAAGACAGGAGCACCUGAACCAAUCACUAUUCAGUCCAAGCUAUACUAUGAUUAUGACGCCAAAAAACAGCGAGUGGACAGAGUGGUUGAGAAUGAUGACGGAACAACAUACAACCUAACAGUUUACGUCGACUAUAAAGAGCAACUGGCACGCUCACUUGUCUCAGGAACAUGUUAUGUAACUCACCUCCACAAUCAACCGAUGCAAGAACCCUGUGUACCUGCGACAUCUUCAUUCGUGGAGUCCCGUAUUCUGGGACCGGCUAGUAAUGGCAUCAGGGUUAAUUCAUUCGUCGCCGACCUUACAAAGGCCGCCAACACCACCAUGAAGAUCUCUGUCACAGAAGACGACUGUACCCCUAUCUCGGCGUCAUCAUAUGGCGUCAUUGAGGGAGCUAUUGAGGAAAUCACAUAUUUCUUCACAAAUCUAGAUUACAGUUUACCUCAUCACGUGUUCCACAUUCCCGCUGCCUGUCACGGCGUUCACGUAAGUUUACCACGUCACGUGUCCCACCUUUCUUCCGUCGAUGUAAUAAUUAUGGGAUCUGCCUCAUCCAAACGAAUACAUCCCUCCCACACGGGUUUGAAUGGGGAUUGCCCAAGGGCUGAGUUGGAGGAUAAGUUUGCCAAUGUAGAUGAUCAUGCGAGAAAGGCGCCUAAAACGUUGAUGAUGUCAGAUAAUGACCUCGCUGCCUAUCUAUGUGAAGGGACAAGUGAUGACGUAAACAAAAUACGGGCAUUUUAUAUGUGGAUUGUCACCAACAAAGCUCAGUUACAAGCGCUUUCAAAAGAUGAGAAAACACAGCACGAGGUUCUAACAAAGAGGUUCGAUUCACUCACUAGGAUUGCUGAUAUAGAGUCAAAAAUAGUCAAGGGUCUCUACAAAGCUCCCACGGAUCAGCUUAACGCAAAUACUAAUAUCCACGGAGACCACAGCUGGAACGUCGUCAAUUUGGCGGGAAAAUGGCACGUGGUUGACUGUCAGUGUGGCUCCAGUGAUAUUCUCUUAGAAUCAUUUUAUUUCCUACCUGAUCCACAGCAAUUCAUCAGCAAUCAUUUUCCACUUGAUAUCGACCGGUCUUGGCAGUUAUUAACAGAGCCUAUUUCACUUGAGGAUUUCAACCAAGCACCUGUUGUAUCCGAGACUGCUAUAGCGCGUGGUGUUCGAGUAGUGUUUCCAAAAACCCGAAUCGUAAACGUUCGCCAUUCUUUUCAUGUUUCUGUGGAUGACACACAAGCCGUGUUAUCAGAUUUUGCCGCUGUCUUAAGUUCAGAAGAUGGUCUCGCACAUAAUGAAUUCGUUCUCAUCUCUAGAUGUGGAUCCCACUCUUAUUUUGUGAACAUCAGACCCCCGUUUGUCGGUAACUUCCGCCUGACAAUUCUCGGUAAACUUUCAAGCACAAGAAUGGAAGCAAUCACCGAGUUCCUUGUCACGUGUUCCUCCGUAAAGAAGCACCUGCGUAAAUUUCCAAAGGAAUACCAAACAUGGGGAAUCGAACCCAGAUUUCCAGAAUUCACUGGCGAAAUGUGUACCAUUCCACCGGCCUUACAGGAAGUGAAAGAUGGGAGUUUGGAUUUGUCUAUAUCCACAAGGACAAUGCUUGAUGUGUACGCCUCCCUGAGAUGGCUGGAGGAUGGGAGGAACUUUGAUGACUACAUGGGAACAGACAGCAGUCUCUCUGAGAUCAAGCUCAAGUCACUUCUGCCAAAGAAAGGAUUUUACCGUGUUUGCUUAUACCUUCGAAGAGGAGAUGUUUUGUAUCCAGUGCUCUACCUACUUUUGGAAAACAAAAAAGGAGUACAGUCGACACCUCCCCAUCUCAGUGAAAUCAAUAAAGAUAUUCUUAUUUAGAUGUUCCUCCAGAUUAAAAAAAUUUUAAGAUACCUCGUCAUUGGAUAUAUCGAAACUGAUACGGUGGCCGAUAUUGACUGUAUUCGUUUUUGGACAUUCU